CUGGCGGGCGGAGAGGCGGAGGGGGUGCUGCUGCUGACUCGCCCGCCUGGGGCUGGGACUUACCUGCCGUCGGGAUGUCCCCGGCCAGCUAACUGAAGGGGGCAGGAAAAGGUGACCGCGGGAAGAGAAAGAAAGAAAGAAAGAAAGAAAGGGCGAGCGGCGGAGCUCGCCACACCAGCUGUUGCGCGGCGGGGAGCCCGGUUCGCCGGUGCCCCUCUGGCCGCAGGAGAGCGCGGAGGAGGCCGGGACCCGGGAGAGCUCCGCGGGUGGGGAGGCUCCCUCCCGGGCUCCGGCAAGGCGCUUCCCGGACAGAGCCGCGGGCGCGGCCGUCUCCCUUCCUCCGGGGACCGGCUCCGCGGCCAAGCGCCCUGUGCCCGAGCGGCUCCCCGCGCGCCAUCCUGGAGGAGGCUUCGACUCGCCGCCCUGCCCGGCUUUCCCCUCUCCGAGGCCAGCCGUGGGGAGCGCCGCUCUCCCCUGCCCAGACGCCGCAGCCCUUCGGCUUGGGGGGAGAGGGGCGAUGACCAUGCGGAGCUGCUCCUGGCUUCCCUUCGCCACCCGCCCGCUCCUCUUCCUGGCCGCGCUCCUGGUGGCGGAGAGCUCCCAGCUGGACGGCACCAAGGUGAACUCCAUCAAGGCCACCCUCAUGGGCGAAGCGCCGACGCAGGCCACCAACCGGACGGCGCCCCUCCACCUCGGACUGCCUCUGGGGGGCAGCAAGAAGGGCAAGAUCCUGGGCCAGGGGGGCAAGACUCUGAAGCACUACCACCGGCAAGGCGAGGUUUAUCCUUGUACCAAUGACAAGGAAUGUGAAGUUGGUAAAUAUUGCCACAGUCCCCAUCAAGCUACUUCUGCCUGUAUGAUUUGUAGGAGGAAAAAGAGGCGUUGUCACAGAGAUGGCAUGUGCUGCCCUGGAAACCGCUGCAACAAUGGUAUCUGCAUACCAGUGACUGAAAGCAUUCUCACACCACAUAUCCCAGCCCUUGAAGUACCCCGCAACAAGAAAAAUAAUCAUUAUCCCAGCAAGGACUUGGGCUGGCAGAAUCUCGGGAAAGGGCAGUCCAAGUUAACACACGUAAAAGGUCAUGAAGGAGACCCCUGUUUAAGGUCCUCUGACUGUACCGAGGGCUUCUGCUGUGCACGUCAUUUCUGGACCAAAAUUUGUAAGCCCGUCUUGCACCAAGGGGAGGUGUGCACCAAACAGCGCAAGAAAGGGUCCCACGGCUUGGAGAUUUUCCAGCGAUGUGACUGUGCUAAAGGGCUGUCAUGCAAAAUCUGGAAAGACGCCACCUACUCUUCAAAAGCAAGACUUCACGUGUGCCAGAAGAUCUGAUGACACAGAGCCUGUAACCAACGGGCCGUGGACCCUAUGUACUGAGUGCAUUGCUGCGUGGUGGAACGUAAGGAUUGCAAAUAAGAGCAGAAUGACCAAAGUAACAACUGUGGCAGGAAUAAACAUCACCAUAGACUGAAGGACAUUUCUGCCCUGCAGAGGAAUGCCAAGGCAGCUGGAAUGUCUUCAUUAUACAGCGUCAUUCUGCCAGCAGUGCCAAAUAUUCCAUAUGGGAGAGUACAGUGCCAAUGACAUUUGAAAUUCACUGUGUUAUAAGCAUGACCUGUGACUUAUCAACAAGUUGGCUGCAUUCAUGGUGGGUUAGGUUCCCCCAUAUGAUUGUAAAAUAAAUGCUACACUAUGUGUUUACAACACAAAGCAGUGCUUUGCUGAUGGACUUUUUGAUCAACACAUUCUUGGACGCUAAAGGAAGACUCCAUAGCAAACAAAAUAUAUUUGGAGGGGGAAAAGUUAUGGUGAAUGCUGUAACCUGUUAACUUUACUCAUUAACAGUUCGAGGCUGUCAUGUGAAUUGGAAAGAGCUUCCUGCCAAACAGGCUGCUUAGUAGAAGGAGGGGGAAAUAAACAGUAUCUUUCAAGAAAGAUGUUAACCUUGAAAGUAGGCAUUGAGCAGGGAUGGUAGUCUGUGUGGUAUAGUUUCACAAAUUGAGUGAGCAUUUUUAUCAGACGGGUGUCCUCUUCAAAUAACGCAGCAAACACUUUCUGUAUGUCCAUGUGCUAGCAAAUUUGGGGCUGAGAGAGAAACUGAGCUGUUCCUGGAUGCUUCCAGAGUGGAAUGGGAUGUUGAACUGCUAGUUGUGAAUGCCAGGAUGCUGGGAAUUGCCUGGAAAAUUCUUGUGGACUUUUGCCUCAAAGGGAGACAGCCUUGUUGGUUGGCUGUGAACUACAUUAUGACAAUGCCAAGAGGACUGUUUGGCACACAUCAACUUGGGAGACACUAAAAAUGGAAGCAUCUGUGCGCCAGUGUCAUGAAAACCCAUACAAUGAAAGAUACCAUAAACAUGGACACAUGAUCAGUUAUUCAUAAAUGACAUUAUGUGAUGAAAUAUAGCUCAGACUGGCAGAAGAGCACAAUCUUGUUUCAAAUGCAUGUUAACUGUGUGGAUAGGAUCAAAUGCUUCCAUUGAUUGUAGUGGACAACAAUGAUUUCUCAAUCACCGCAGCAGUAUUAAUGGAAUGAUACAAAUGAACAAUGACUGCUUGAUUUCUUUCCUAGCACACCUGCAUUUUCUCUUGCUAUACUCACUUAUUCUUUAAAUGUGUUAUUUGUGUAAGCAGAAGAGGCUGGGGGCGGGGAAAUGGAGGGGUAGGAUUACCCCAGGCAAUAUGCUUGAUUGGUUGAAAGAACGUCUGUAUCUGUACCUUUCUUUGUUUUACCUUGUGCCACUCCUAGGGGGCAUUCAGAUUAUCAUUUUUUCCUGCCACCCUGUGUGAUUAAAUCCAUGUUGGAAUGGGAUCUGUGGCCACUAUGCU